CUCGGUGAGCUGACUCAGUCCGGUGGCGCCAAAAAGUCUUAAACCCUAAACCCUCUGAGCUCUCUCUCUCGCUCACAGUUGCCAUGGCGUCCAUGGCUUCCAAAGCGAAUCCACUUUUUUCUACCAUUCCCCACUUCCUAACAUGGAGGAGCCUCGGUUUCCGUACCAUUUGUUGUGGUCGCAUGGGCUUUGCCUCUCAGUCCCAGCAGCAGCUCGAUCCCGACACAACCCUGGCGUCCCGGACCAAGGUUCUUGAAACUUUCACAGAAGAAUUCGAGAUUGGAUCGCGCUUAAUCACGUUGGAGACUGGGAAGAUCGCUCGCUUCGCUAAUGGCGCGGCGGUCUUGGGCAUGGAAGACACCAAGGUCUUAUCUACCGUCGCCUCUUCUAAGGGGGACUCUGUUCGGGACUUUUUACCUCUCACGGUGGAUUAUCAAGAGAAGCAAUUUGCCCAAGGUGUUAUUCCAAAUACAUUCAUGCGGAGGGAGGGGGCUCCUAAAGAGCGUGAACUUUUAUGUGGCCGCAUUAUAGAUCGUCCCAUUAGGCCAUUAUUUCCUGCUGGAUUUUACCAUGAGGUCCAGGUAAUGGCCAGCGUUCUUUCUUCCGAUGGUAAACAAGAUCCAGAUGUUAUGGCAGCUAAUGCAACAUCCGCUGCUCUUAUGUUAUCAGAUAUUCCCUGGGGUGGCCCCAUUGGAGUGAUACGUAUAGGAAGGAUUAAUGGGCAGUUUGUUGUCAACCCGACAAUGAAUGAGCUUAACUUGAGUGAUCUCAACUUAGUAUAUGCAUGUACAAGGGAGAAAACUUUGAUGAUUGAUGUCCAAGCGCGUGAAAUCACAGAAAAAGAUCUUGAAGCUGGAUUGAGGUUGGCACAUCCUGAAGCUGUUAAGUUUCUUGAACCUCAAGUCAGACUGGCUGCUAAAGCUGGAAAACUGAAGAAGGAAUACAAGUUGUCCAUGGUGUCAGAUAGUACAAUGGAAAAAGUUACUAAGUUGGCCGAAGCCCCUAUUGAAGCUGUUUUCACUGAUCCCUCAUAUGGCAAGUUUGAACGUGGAGAGGCCCUAGAAAAUAUCACUCAAGAUGUAAAGAGAACAUUUGAAGAAGAAUGCGAUGAAGAAGGCCUGAAGGUUUUGCCAAAAGCAGUAGACUAUGUGAGGAAAAAGGUUGUCCGAAGAAGGAUCAUUUCAGAAGGACUUAGAGUUGAUGGUAGACGUCUUGAUGAAGUUAGGCCAUUGUAUUGUGAGUCCAGUUAUUUACCUGUACUUCAUGGCUCCUCAAUUUUUUCUCGAGGAGAUACACAGGUUCUAUGUACUGUAACUCUUGGAGCACCUGGAGAUGCUCAACGCUUGGAAUCCCUCGUUGGUCCACCAACAAAACGUUUUAUGCUUCACUAUAGCUUUCCCCCAUUUUCGAUAAAUGAAGUGGGAAAGCGAGGUGGUUUAAAUAGGCGUGAAGUUGGCCAUGGAACUCUUGCUGAGAAAGCUUUGCUUGCCGUGUUACCUCCUGAAAAUGAAUUUCCAUAUACUGUCCGCAUAACCUCAGAAGUCAUGGCCUCGGAUGGUUCAACAUCAAUGGCAACUGUUUGUGGAGGUAGCAUGGCAUUGAUGGAUGCUGGUAUUCCAUUAAAUCAACAUGUAGCUGGUGUUUCAGUGGGUCUUGUUAGUGAAACUGAUCCAUCAACUGGUGCAAUUAAAGAUUACCGUAUUUUGACUGAUAUAUUGGGACUUGAAGAUCAUCUGGGGGAUAUGGACUUCAAAAUCGCUGGUACGCGAGAAGGAAUUACAGCAAUUCAAUUGGACAUAAAACCUGCUGGAAUUCCAUUGGACAUAAUAUGUGAGUCGUUAGAGCCUGCACGUAAAGGUCGUCUGCAAAUACUUGAGCACAUGGAGCGUGAAAUUAAUGCACCGCGUAUUAAAGAUGAUAAAAACUCUCCUAGAUUAGCUACCUUAAAGUACACUAAUGAUGCUCUUCGUCGACUAAUUGGACCUCUUGGUGCUUUGAAGAAAAAAAUUGAGGAGGAAACAGGUGCACGCAUAUCAGUAGGCGAUGGAACUCUUACCAUACUGGCUAAAAAUCAAUCUGUGAUGGAAAAAGUACAAGAAAAGGUUGAUUUCACACUUGGUCGUGAGAUUGAAAUUGGAGGGGUUUAUAAAGGCGUUGUAGCCUCAGUAAAAGAGUAUGGUGCAUUUGUUGAGUUUAAUGGUGGACAGCAAGGCCUUCUCCACAUCUCAGAGUUGUCACAUGAUCCGGUCUCCCGGGUUUCAGAUGUUGUAUCUGUUGGUCAGAAGAUUUCUUUGAUGUGCAUAGGUCAAGAUGUUCGUGGUAACAUCAAAUUAUCCCUUAAAGCAACUUUGCCAGGGCCAAAAGCCGAAGGUCGGAAUGGAAAUUUGUUUCCUCCUGUCAGUGAAGUAUCUAAGAUGCGGCAUGAAACUCUGAAUGCAAAUACUUCUCCAGUGGACAAAGGUGUAGGUAGUGAGGUGAAUCCUACCUCGUCAAUUCCAUCAAUCCUUAUCCGAAGUGCUGAAGAUUGUGACGAGGAGGAAAAGAGAUCUGCUGGUUUGAACCUUAAACUUAAGAAUACUCGAAAACUCAAUGCCAUGUCGAAAUCCUUCACUCAGAAUGAUGUAAAUAUGAACGAAGUUGAAAGCCUCCCCAUAACUGCCAGAAAUCUGAAACUUGGAAUGAAAGUCAGAGCAAAGGUUUACCAGGUUCGAGUUGGUGGUUUAGUACUUGAUUUAGGCGAAGGACUUCGUGGGAUGUAUCGAUUCGAGGGAGACAACAGGAGCAAUUUCGAGGUUGGAGAUGAGUUACACGUUCAGUGUUCGAGCUUUACGGUUAAGGGGAUUCCUGUAAUGUCUUUGGUCGAAAACGAGUAGUUUGCGACAUCACACAUCAGGUUUUAACUAUUGAGAAAUAAGAAGUGAACYGGUUCUGUUGAGGAUUUUGAGAGCCUCAUGAGAUGUUACAAUUCUCGGCAAAAGCUAUUUUGUGCUUUGAUAUUUAGCAGGAACAGAGCUUUGUUUCAAGCAUAGAGAUCAAACCGAUGUUCGAGUGGAGAUGUUCGACUCGUAAAAGUUGAUUUGAACUUCGAAACUACCUUUUUGCAUCUUCCAGUUGUGAGUUGAAAAUUUAUUGCCAAGUUGAUGUAAUCUUUCUUUGUUAGUUUUUGAAACUAGUAAUUUGUCUGUAAGUUAAUUUUGAGGAAACAAUGUUACUAAAAGAAUGUGUUUAAAUCA